CCCUAUCCGGGGAACUUGAGAAGGCUGAGGAUUUUGAGAACUGUCCACCUUGCAUAAUCUGUUUGUCGAUGCUCUUUUUUAUUUUUUCCCGUUUCCCAUCUUCUAAUAGCCUACGCCGCAUUUUCUUCAUUUUCCUCAUGGCCAAUGCUCUUCAGUGCUUCUACUUGAAAUAGGAGGGUUCCAACGGUUGUCUCUCCUUAAUUCUUUACUCCAAUUCUUGGGUAUUAAGCUCCCCACAUAUCCUGAGCUACGCCAUAGGAACUAGAAAUAGCUUGGUGCAAAGUGUCCUCUAACGAGCAUCACGAAUAUCACGAACAUUCCCUUGAAAUACUACUGACUUUUCGCAUUCUCCUACCACCAAGGAAAAGACUAAUCCCUCAAUUUAUCCUCCAAUAUACCCUGUUCAAAAGUUUCAAGAUCGUCUUACUUCGUUAAUUUUGCCCUAUUCCUGGAUUCAGAAUGCGUUUGUUCCAAUCGUCAACCCUAGCUUUUGGGUUGGCUACAACUGCGAAGCUCGUCGAUGCGCAGGCACAAUUCCUUGUCAACGAGCUGAGCUUUGGCUACACUGGCCGAAUAAACGAUCGAGGCCAAGCAACCGUGCCAGGCUUCUCCAUACAGGGCACCCCAGACGUCCCCGAAGUCCUCUCCAAUAAAGUCAUCCUAACGCCGCCACAUCCCGGUAACACUCGAGGCGCGAUAUGGGCUGACCAACAAAACAAAUAUCAAACGUGGGUAGCUGACGUCGACUUCCGGGUGAACGGACCUGAGAGGGGGAGCGGUAACCUCAACAUCUGGCUUGCAAGGCGAGGAAACCAAGAAAUUGGUUCAUCCAGCGUUUAUACCGUCAACAGGUUUGAUGGUUUGGCCCUCGUUAUCGACCAGCACGGCGGUUCGGGUGGAAUGAUCAGGGGUUUCCUAAAUGACGGAACUACCGAUUUCAAGGCGCAUACGAGCGUCGACAGCCUAGCAUUUGGGCACUGCAAUUAUCCAUACCGCAACCUAGGUCGACCCUCUCAAAUUAAGCUUAGACAGACACAUCAAGUGUUCAAAGUCGAGGUGGAUGGUCGGCUAUGCUUCGAGAGCGAUAAGAUCACUAUUCCGCCUGGAUAUUACUUUGGUAUCACGGCCGCGGCAGGAGAUAACCCGGAUUCCUUUGAGAUAUUCAAGAUGGUGACCAUGACCGAGAACCUCGAAGCUAAGCAUGAUGCGCCUCCGCAACAGCAAGGACAACCCAUGCAAAAUCAAGCGCAAGCACAGACGAGCUACGGCCGCAAGGCUAACCAGAACAACGGCAACGGCAAUGGCAAUGGCAACGCAGAUCCGUUCGACGAUUCUAUUCCUGAUGCUAAUGCUGAUGCUAUCACGAGUUCUAAGGCUCAGUUCGCAGACCUCCACAACCGCAUACAAAGCACCAACCAUCACCUAUCAAGUAUCUUCCGGCAGGUCGCGGGUUUGAAUAAUGUUGGCGAAAAGAGACAUGAGGAGACUUCGAAGGCCAUCAACGACGUUAAACAGUUGUUAUACAAGUUAGAUAGGCUUGAGUCACUUCAGAACGAGAUCACCAAGCUACAGCGAGAUCUACGCGACAUGCGAAGCGAUAUCAACCUUAAGGUCAAAGACUCGGAGCACGCAGUAAAGAGCUUCAUAGGCACCAACCAUGGCAAUAUGUUGGAACACGUGGCCGUCCAAGCUGCUCCACGACACGGAAAGCUCAUAUUCGUCAUCAUCGGAAGCCAGAUCUUAAUAGUGGCCGCCUACAUCUACUACGAGAGGAAGAAGACCCUUCCCAAGAAGUACCUAUAAAUAGUUACUUUGAUCACUUAGGGGUAAUCGUUUAGACAGACUUCGGCUUCGGUAAUCGGGCGAGAUGCGGCGUAGGGCAUUGUAUAAAAAAAGUAUUUGGAUCCAUGGAUGUGGGAUUAAAUGUGGCAUCGUUGCUUGUCUUUUCCGUAGCGCAUGAAUUUGAACCAUUUGGAAGCGUG